AUGGUAUUUGACUAUCGCCGCCUUCGUCGUAUUUUUUAUGCUUAUAUUUUUCGGUCAAGUCUAGGCCAAAUAUUACGCUUUAGUUUAAUUCUGAUAUUUUUAUCACUGCUUUUCUUGGGUGCAUUAAUAAAACAAUUCUAUGAACCGCGUAUUCCAUCGCCACAAUCUACUCGUCUUCAUCCGAAUGAACCAAUAACAAUAAAACGUCGUCCAUUUCCUGUUUGUCAUCCAAGAGAAUUAAAGGUAGCUAAUAUAACCGUCGAAUAUUAUCGUAAAUAUCCUGAUAAACAAACGCAAGCAUGUUUUCUUGUUGAAAAUAUCGAUGGUGGACAAUGGUGGUCUUAUGUAACACAAGAAUUUGCUGAAAUUCUUACACAUUUAAAAGAAAUUGGCGUUGAAUCAGGAAUCAAAUACCGACCGUUUCCGUCAAUGAAUAAUAUGAAUCGUAGAACAAAUCUUACUAAAUUAUUUUUAAAUGCUUGUGGAAUGGAUGAAAAUGUUUCUGUGAAAAAUCAAAUGCCAAUUGUAGCUCUUAUGUGGGAUAUAAAUCGGCGUUUGUGGCAUCGUUUAAAUCGAAAUUUCAACGAUUUAUUUAAAACAACUAGAAUACGUUUUGUGACUUUCAUAGAUGAUCUGCAUUUUACAGCUAUAGGAGGACGGUUGAGUAGAAUGUAUCUUUUUGAAUCUGUCUCAUCGGAAAUUUUAUCAACCUAUCCGUAUAUUUUUCAUAAUUAUUACGCCAAUAUAUCAUCAGAUAAACUUACCUGGUUACCUCAUGCGGCUUCAACAUUAUCUUAUAAUUCAAUAAAUAAAUCGGCUGAAAAUGUUCUUUUUGUCUCAGGUGCAAAUCUUGUCGAAUGGUAUCCAUGUCGUUCUCGUGCAUUUGAAUUGUGCUAUAGAAGGAAAGACUUAUUUGCUUGUUUAGAACAUCCUGGCUAUGGUGAAACAAUGAAAAAUGAUACUUCCUAUUAUUAUGGUGGCCAACGAUAUUUUUUCUAUAUGAGAAAAUAUGUCUUUGGUCUUGCUACAUGUCAAUCAGUUCAAUAUGCUAUAGCAAAAUUAUUUGAAAUACCAGCUAACGGUCUUGCACUUGUAACAACGAGCGAUUUAAUUGGAGUACUUGAAAGUCUUCAUUUUAAUCUUAAUGAGCAUUUUUUAACAAUCGAUUGUUCCUCAUCGAAUCAAUUGACUAAUGAAUUAGUUCGUUUACAAAAUACCUCAACGCAAACUAUACUUAACAUGAGAGAAAAAGGUCAACAUAUAAUUCAUGAGCGUCAUUUAACAAGACAUCGAGCUGCAUUGAUACAUGUUCGUUUAUUAGCACAGGCAUUGAUUGCUUCUACAACUUCUGAUAUAGAACGCGUACAGUGGGAACAAUGGGGCCGCAAUUGUUAA